AUGCUCUCUGUGGUCAGAAAAUUGCCUAUUAGGGCAGGCACACGCAUCCCGCUAACGCUAUCUGCGGCCCGUCCCUUGCUUACUCCUUUCGCCCUGAACGUUCGUUUAUACUCCAAAGAUGAAAAAAAGCACCAACCAAUCCUCAACGACGACAUGUUGGCCCGUGCUGGUGUCGAGUCCGAAUCGCAAGCUUCUUCUGAGGAGCCAAAAGAGGGUGGAAAAGAUGACAAGGAGAGAUCUUCUCGUAGAAGACGCAGACAAACAUCGAAAGACCUCCAAAGAGAGAGAUAUGCCAACUACUUCUACGCUGCCACUUUGUUUGGUACCUUUGCUGGUGUUGGUUACAUGUCCAGAGAUUGGGAUUCCAAGGAGGAGCAAGAGAGAUUGGAUGGCGCUAACAUUGACUCCGGUUUUGCUCCAGGCGCUAUGUAUGGUCGUUUGACCAAGAGACUUUCUUCGCUCUUCACAUUUUUCAGCGAGCCUGUAUUCGAGAACUUGUUGCCUCCCCCACCUCCUGAGGCCUACAGACGUCCUUUGACCUUGGUUUUGACCUUGGAUGACUUCUUGAUUCACUCCUCUUGGGAUGCCAAGAACGGUUGGAGAACCGCUAAGAGACCUGGUUUGGACUACUUCUUGGGAUACUUGUCGCAAUACUAUGAGAUUGUCAUUUUUGGCUCUGAGUACCAAAUGUACUCCGAGAAGACUGUCACCAAGUUGGACCCAUUGAGAGCUUACAUCCAGUACGCAUUGUACAGAGAGGCUUGUCGUUAUAAGGACGGUAAGUUGAUUAAGGACUUGAGUCUCUUGAACCGUGAUUUGGGUAAAACCGUUGCUAUUGAUGUCAAUGCUGAUUCCUUGUCCUUGAACCCUCACAACGCCAUUGUGCUUGAGCCCUGGGAUGGUAAGCCAGAUGACACCCUUGUUAGAUUGAUUCCUUUCUUGGAGUAUUUGGCCAACCAACCAAUCAAGGAUGUCAGACCAAUUCUCGACUCCUUUGACGACAAGUCUAAAAUCAUUGACGAGUUUUCUGUGCGUGAGGCCAACUUGCGUAAGCAGUGGAGAGAGGACAACAAAGAUUUGCUUGCCCGUGCAAACAAGCCCAACGCCGGUAAUUUGAUGGCCAGUUUGAUGGGAAUUCCCGUCAGCUCGGUCAACAAGGAGCCUAAGAUGCCUUUGGACAUCAUUCGUGAGCACGGUCAAUUGCAAUACGAGAAUUUGCAAAAGUACUUGAAGGAGAACGAGGCAAAAUUCAUGGAGGAGGAACGUAAAAUGAAAGAGGAGUACGGUAAGAUGACACUCAACAAAUUGAUGACAGAGGGUAUCCCUAACCCUGAGGAUAUUGCUAAGGCACAAGCAGAGAAGGCCAAGCAAGAAGCCGAUGCCGCUAAGUGA